UUCUGAAUCAGAACAACUCGAACGGGCGUCAAGUGAAGAACUCGACUAGACGAUAAAUUCGAAUCGACUAAAACGAAUAGUGAUUUUAAUUAAUUUUACAAAUUAUUUUCAUCGCAUAUACAUAAUCAUUUAAAAUUCAAAAUGGUUUACGAAAGUGGAUUUACAACCCGUAGAACCUACACCUCCAGACCGGUCACUACAUCGUACGCCGUGACGUAUCCGUCUGUGCAGAAAGUGACUCGUGUAUACAAAACGAGCUACCCAAUCUACUCGAGUUAUUCAAUCCCAACAAGACGCUACGUCAGUGGAACACGUGUGAUUUCAUCGCCUGUUCGGGUUGUCACCUCCCCCACCCGCGUUGUAUCGCGUGUGAUACACUCUCCAUCGCCAGUGCGUGUUGUGCGCACAACAACGCGUGUUGUCUCAUCUCCGGAGAGAACGACUUCCUACUCCUAUUCAACACCAUCGACAUACUAUAGUCCAUCCACCUACUUGCCGUCGUCCUACUACACCUCGUCUUAUGUCCCAACUUCGUAUACGACAUACACACCAUCGUAUCAUUACAAUCCAACAACAAUUACACGCGUCUAUGCACGUUCAGCAUCCCCGUUGACUCCGGUGAGGAUCACCACAUCACCGGUGCGUGUAACACCUUCAUAUCUGAAGAGACUUCCUCCUGGAUAUGGCGCACGGGCAUUAACUAAUUACCUCAAUACCGAACCCUUUACCACUUUUUCGGAGGAAACAGGUAGAAUCCGCAAUCGUGCUCAAUCCCUGAUUCGCGAUCUGCACACUCCUGUUGUGCGCCGCGCCCGUAGCUGUACACCAUUUCCCGUUACUGGUUACACCUAUGAGCCUACUUCCCAGCUGGCUCUAGAUGCCUAUGUGGCCAGAGUUACAAAUCCAGUGCGUCAUGUUGCCAAGGAAGUUCAUAAUAUCUCCCAUUACCCAAGACCAGCAGUUAAAUAUGUUGAUCCCGAUUUGGACCCCAACCGCCCAUCAAGGAAGUUUUCUGCUCCCAGACCACUUGAGGAUGAGAUCGAUGUGGAAGCCAAGGAAAAGCAGCGUCUGCGCCAAGAACGUCUGUUGACCGUGAACGAGGAAGCCUUGGACGAAGUUGACGUUGAGAAGAAGCGUGCUCAAAGAGCUGAUGAAGCCAAACGUCGUGAGGAGAAGGCUCUGCUCGAGGAAGCUAAAAGACGCGAAGAAGCCAACAAACAGGCUCAAGCCGCGGCAGCUCGUGCUGCCGAAGAGGAGAGAUUAGCCAAGGAGGCUCGUCUUGCAGAAGAGGCACGUGUGGCAGCUGAAGCUCAAGCUGCCGCUGUUGCGAAGGCAGCAGCUGAGGCUGAAGCCAAGGCAGCGGCUGAAGCUGAAGCCAAGGCUGCAGCUGAUGCCAAAGCGGCUGAAGAAGCUGCUGCACUUAAGGCUGAGCAGGAACGUCUGGCUGAGGAAGCUCGUCUAGCUGAAGAGGCUCGAUUGGCCGCAGAAGCAAAGGCAGCGGAAGAGGCCGCAGUCAAGGCUGCUGAAGAAGCUGCUGCCGCUGCUAAGGCUGAGGAGGAACGCCUAGCUGAAGAAGCUCGCGUUGCCGAAGAAGCUCGUCUGGCUGAGGAAGCUGCUCUGAAGGCUGAGGAGGAACGUUUGGCCGAGGAAGCUCGCCUGGAGGAAGAGCAACGUCAGCGGGAGCAGGAACUGAGCCGCCUGGCGGAGAUUGAGAAGCAGGCUGAAGAAGAGCAGGAGGGGGAGAUUGCUCGUCAAGCAGCAGAAUUGGCUGAGAUCGCACGUCAAGAGGCCGAAAUCGCUGCCCAGGAACUGCAGUCCAUUCAGAAGGAGGGCAGAGACGUCGAGGAGCCUCUCGUUGAGCAGCCAGAAACUCCAGUUGAGGAACAACAGGAACCAGUCAUUGAACUUACCUCUAACAAUGGCGAUUUAUCCGUCGAGGUAGAUAACACUGCCGGUGAAAGUUAUGAUGAGGAAGAGGAGGAAGAGUAAACAAUGGAAUCCUUUUUGCCGAAAUUCACUAUUUUAAAUGAAUUCUAUAUAUUAAUAAUCUAUUAAUAAUUAAUGAAUUUAAUGCUGCUGUCUUAUACUAUUGUAGGAUAAAAUUCAAUUUUUUAGUUUUCAACCAUCUUCAAACGAAUCAGCAUAUGCGACCUUAGUUUCUUUAUAUUCGUUGUUCCUUUUGCAUCUUACCAUGGCUCUAGUUAACUAAUACUUAAACUUUAAUAUAAAUCUAAUCUUUAUUAUAUUGGACAAAUAUAUAAAUGAUUCAGAUGCCAAA